CUGAAGAAGAAAAGGAUGUUUUUUCUGAAGUGUCUUCUGAGAAGGACUCUGUUGACGAUAGUGUUGAAUAUAAACGGCGAAGGUGCAAGUAUGUUGAAUCAGAUGAAGAUGAUGACGACAAUAGCUUAAGUGAAAGUGAUCAGAAUCUUGCAUUUGUGUCCACUAGAGAUGCCCCGCCCAAGCUCAGGGACAGGAAAACCUUAAAGCCCAUUCACAGCUUCAUCAAUGAAACCUUCCUAUCUCCCUACUAUAAAGGAAAUGCUAAAUCUGACGGCGACAGGCUUGGGGAAGAUGAGGAGGAUGGUGAAGAAAAAACUCCAAGCCCCACGAGUGACGAGGUUGACUCAGAAGGAGAUGGUCUUUCCUGUACAGUUUGUAGAACUACCUACCAGACUAAGCGUAUGCUCCUCCAGCAUUGCGCCGGCAAACACCUUAAGCCAUACACCGUGAAAACUCUUGCAGACAGCUCCUCAUAUUUCUGCCACCUUUGUCAGAAAACCUUCUCAACCUUCAUGCAUUUUAUGCAGCACGUCCCCAACCAUUCUGUAACAAUUUAUGAAAAAAUGAAGUCUUACGCAGCGAACAGGAAGCUGUUGCAACAUAGCCAAAGAAUAGCAACUCAAAGGGGAUUCAUGAAAAAAGGAGGCAUGAGCCCCAAAAUGGCCAAAGCCUUAAAGAGCAAGAAGGCCGCCAAGAAAUCUGCAGUUGAUAAACUGAAAAGAGAGUUGUUAUCCAGCAGCACUCACUCUGUAAGGGAGACGCUCAGGCUUUCUAAAAGAAAACGAU